ACCUGCCAGUUAAAUUCGGAAAAGUACAAUAAAUUCCAUCUGACGGAGCUACUCACUGUCCCAAUUCAGCGUGUUCUCAAAUACCAUUUACUACUUGAGCAACUGUGCAAACUGACCCCUGUGGAGCAUCCGGAGCGUCCGGGACUGAUCAAAGCGCAUGAAGCGAUGAAAGAAUUGGCUCAGUCUAUCAAUGAGGUCAAGCGCGAUUUGGACACAAUCAGUGCCAUCGAUCAGAUCCAAUCCAGUCUGCUUCAUCCGGAGGUGUUUCGUUUUGCAUCGGUUGGAGCCGCUGUUCGUUCGUCUGGUUCCACCGUCUCACACACACGCACUCACGCGGUACGGCCUUGUGAAUAUCUCUGA